UUUUAAUACAGUUGAGAGAGCAGGAGUCAACUAAGAAAGAGCCUUUGAACUUGUGGAGAGUGAAGUACCAGGGAACAAAGAACAACAAGGAACUCUGUCGCUGUCGUGUUCAAGAGUUGCCUCUCCUUCAAAGAAAUCUCCUCCUUGUUCACUGAAGUCUAAAGUCAAGUGUCUUUUCGGUACGUCCCCCCGACCUCGGAUCCGUUUUGCCAAGGAAAAGUUUGCUCAUGGUAAAGAGGUGAACCACAUUAAAGGGAAUGUCAUCACCAGAAAACUUAGAACAUGUCCCACCCGAGGCCAUGGCUGAGCUGCGUGAGCUUCUCACCCAGAAAGCAGCUGAUCUGUUCUCACUUUGCGAUCAAGAGGACAAGGGAUUCGUGACCAAAAGGGACAUGCAACGGAUGCGGGGCGAGCUGCCAAUGGAACCUGAGCAACUGGAGGCGGUCUUCGAUACGCUGGAUGUGGACAAAAAUGGAUAUCUCACUUUGGAGGAGUUUCGAGAAGGUUUUGAUGAGUUUUUGGGCUUGGAACAACACCAGUUCGUGAAGGAAGAGCAUGGGUGCUCGCUCGGAUCGAGAGAACAUGGCUCUCCGCCCCUUUUCAAGAUGGAGCGAGAUGAUGAGGAUGAUGAGAAUGAAGUUGAUCCCUUGCCAAAGGAUGACGAGGAAGAAUUUAACGAUGUCUUGAGUGAAUUGGGGCUGCUCGGUCUGAUUGAGGAUGACACGUCUCUUCGCUCCAUGUGGCUGAACCUGAAACGGGAUAAUGAUCCGGUCCUAAUGACGAACUUUGAAGACUUUCUGUCGAAAUUAUCCGCGGACUUGGGCCGAAAAACCUCUGACAAAGCAAACUUGGAAAACAAUCUGAGAUCGAGACAGUUGCUCCAAGAGGAGCACAUCCAGGGACUCUAUGAAGAGAUGGAACAACAGAUUGGAAAAGAGAGGAAAAAGAUCCAAGAGGAAGAGGAGCGAAAGGAGCAAAAAAUGCGGGAAGAGCUCGAAGCCACGCUUCACAUGAAAGACCAACAACUAAUGGAUGUCAUGCACAAGAUGGAACACUAUCAGAGCCAAUUGGAGCAAGUGAAAAAGGCGGUUCCCGAUAUGAAAGUCGAGAACGUUCACUUGUCAAAAGAACGAGAUCGACUCCAAAGCGAUCUUGAGAGAGAGCGAAUCCUCAUGAAAGAUUUACAUGACCAAAUGGAGGAAUUGCGGAGUCAGACCCAAACGGAACGCAAGGCCAGAGCUAAGGCGGCCUUCAAGGUCAGUGAGAACAUUGCUCAAGAGCGUGAAGGACUCGUACAACAACUGGAUUUGAUGAAGACGCUAAAUAACAAAAUGCUGGAUGAUCAGGACCAAUACGUUCUGGCCGAACGAACCAUGAAUAAAACACAGCCCAAUGAUAACUUAAAGGACGAGUUGGAUUUCUUUCCAGACGCAAAAGACCACUACUAUGGGUACCAGGAUAACAAGGAAGCCCCCGAUUUCCACUUCCCCAAAGUGUUGUCGACGUCAGGCUCUGUCAAUGACAUCGAGUAUGAUGAGGAAUACUUUGAGAAAUCCUCGGGCCAUGGCACUCAAUCUGAUUACGAAAGUCCAACCCAUAAAGGGCCCAUACCCUUGAGAAGGCCCCGUUUCGGACGGUUUCAUUCGGCUACUGACGCACCUGGCGAUAACAUCAGCUUAAUGGAUGAGUUGGCACAGAUUACUGACGGCAAUGUUCAUCAGAGAAGUCCCGCCCUAACAACUUUCCGUGAGCAUGGAGAUCACAGUCCUCCGAGGCCCUGCCCGAGUCAGUCGUCGUUAAAGUCGGCGCAGCGAUCUUUACGGACCCAUUCUGUCCCUGAUUGUCGUUAUAAAUCGAGUUUGGGGGCGUUCAAUGCUAAUCAUCCGGGAGAGAUGUCGUCCUACAUGGAAAGUACGACAUCGGGUCCGGGGCCAGAGUCCUAUGGGGAUAGUGAAUUGACCUCACUGAAUACCAGGUCCUCCGACUUUGUGGGUCACCAUCAUCAUCAUCAUCAUCACCCUCACCCUCACAGCGAUCGUUACCGUCAGUAUGUCGUACCAUUAAGUCAAAUGAGCAAAUUGACCACUUCUGAAGGGUAUGAAGUGAUGAGGAAUCCCGAGCGCGUCUACAAGGUCAUCUUUAUAGGAGAUUCCAGCGUUGGCAAGUCUUCCCUAAUCACCCGGUUCUGCAGUGGAAAGUUUCAGCCGGGUCUCAAGUCCACCAUUGGAGUGGAUUUCCAUACACGUUCCAUUUUGGUCGAGGACCAGUCCGUGUGCCUGCAGUGCUGGGACACAGCUGGACAAGAGAGAUAUCGGGCCAUUACCAGGCAAUAUUUCCGAAAAACCGACGCAGUCAUCGUAGUUUAUGAUAUCACUUCGGAAAAGUCCUUUUUAAAUGCCCGUGAGUGGCUGGACAGCGCCGUUGAAGGGGCCGAUGAGGCCAUUCUCUUGCUCGUUGGGAACAAGCUGGACUUGGCCCAGGAUGACUUGCUGCGGCGAGUGCGGAAAACACAGGGCCUAAAACUGGCCGAGCAAUACGCCUCCCAGUUUGGGGAAGUGAGUGCGGCUAAUGGAAGCAAUGUGGAGGACACACUCACUGACUUAGCUAAAGCCCUUUUGCAACGAGAAGACCAGAAUAUGCAAAACGCGCUCAACCUGAUUCUCCACGAAGAGCCCAAAAAGAAGAGAGGAUGUUGCAAAUAGGCUCAUUUGACGCACCGCGACAGAGAGCUACCUACUACAGUACUACUACUAUCAUGAUGAACAUUCUGAUUAAACUUUUUUUCAUAUUA